AUGGAAGACGCCCGGGCCUGGAUCAGGGUCGCAACCAUCGUAUCAUGCUCUCGGUUCCUGGUCGGUGGUCACAGCCAGGACGUUGCAGACUAUAAAAAUGUGUUGGUGUGCGUCAGGAUGUGUUGUCGCCUCUCGCCGACUGCAGCUGUGCAGGCAUCGAGGACUAGUCUUGCAAGUCUUGCUAGUCUAGUAGAAUACUGGAGUCAGGCCUUGGGUGCCAUCUCGAUGGUUCAUGAUCGAACUGCCACGACAGCCUAG